GAUAUCAAGGUAACUGACAAACGUCACUCAACAGACAUACUUCUAAAUACCUGUCAAAAUUUAAGUACCCUCUUACAACCCUUAUGUAGCGAUUUCCGUCAUCAUUUUUAACCGAUAAUCCUCAGUAAAAUGUCUGCAAUAGAAAAGACCACUUCAAUGCCGACGAAGCCCAAUGUGCCUUCGAAGUCAACGUCACUGCACAGGCCUGCCAGUAGUCAGCAGGUUUGGACCUGCCUGAAGAACGACGGAAAGUUCAUGAACGCCCUGACUUCGUUUAUGAAUGAAUCGUGGGUUACGGUGUCCCAAGCGCGGGAGAAAUCAGGUUUAAACCCGAAUUACGAAAUUAGCGAUGAAGAGCUAUCAAGAAAAAUAGAAGACAUAUCGUUCAGGCUCCGGAUGAAAUACAAAGAAGUAGCAACGCUCGAAAGCCAAAAAGCAAGACUUCUUAAAAAAUCAGUUGAAAGUCAAGCUCCAGAAGGUCAAGGUCCAGCACAUCCAGCAGCCUCUUUAACUCUAGCACAUCCAGUUGCCUCAUCAACACCAGUACAUUCAGUAGCCUCAUCAACUCCAGAACAAUUACCGGGACGUCUAGUUUCAGAACAGUCCCAAUCAGUAGGCCCUUCAAUUUCUGGACGGCAGCAUCCGGAGGGUCCUCUUUCAGACCACCCUCAACCAGUAGGUCCACCACCUUCGGUAAAAUACCCAGGUGGUUUUCUUCCCGGACAGUUACAACCAGGAAGCCCUCCACCUUCGGCACAAUACCCAGGAGGUCCUUUUCCAGGACAGUUUCAGCCAGUAGGCCCUCCACCUUCAAUGCAAUAUCCAAGACAGCCCAGACGAUAUCCAGGACAGUAUCCAAGCGGUCCUCCUGGAAGACAGUACCGGCAAAUACACCCUGGAAGUGCAGCACAGUAUCCUGGCUAUGGCGACACUAGUUACUCUGCCGGUAGUGGUAGAGGAUCAUAUUUUGGAGAACAACAACAGCUUUCCCGAAGCCAGUCAGGGUCUAGAGGAUAUGGAUAUCCCCCGGCUUGUAUCAGAAAGCCUACAUAUUAUAAUUCUUCAGGUGGUUAUCAAAGUUUCGGCACCGAUAUUUAGACUAUGGAUUUUGAAAAUGUUUAUAAAGUGUGUAACGAUAUAGAUGACGUGUCAAUAAACUAUUAAUAUUUGU